AUGCUGGGGAAGGCCGUUGCUGGGUUGAUCUGCUUGCGGCAGGGUCAGGUCAGGGCGUCAGUGGCACCGGUGGUGAGGCGGGGGGGGCAAAAGGGCAAGUGGGGAGGUAGGGAGCGGGGCAAGGGGACAAGGGGGGAGUGGUGGAAAGGGGUGAGGGGCCAAGGGGGCGAGGGAGGUAGGGGCAAGGGGAGAGGGAGGGAAGGUUGGAGAUGGGAUGGUGGUGGGGGUGAUGGAGGGAGAUGGGGAAGAGCAAAGAGUGGAGAGAGUAAGGUAUGUGGGUGGGCACGGAAGGAGAACCAUAGCCGGCAUGGGAAAAGCGGCACGGGAAAAGCGGCACGGGAAAAGCGGCACGGGAAAAGCGGCACGGGAAAAGCGGCACGGGAAAAGCGGCACGGGAAAAGCGGCACGGGAAAAGCGGCACGGGAAAAGCGGCACGGGAAAAGCGGCACGGGAAAAGCGGCACGGGAAAAGCGGCACGGGAAAAGCGGCACGGGAAAAGCGGCACGGGAAAAGCGGCACGGGAAAAGCGGCACGGGAAAAGCGGCACGGGAAAAGCGGCACGGGAAAAGCGGCACGGGAAAAGCGGCACGGGAAAAGCGGCACGGGAAAAGCGGCACGGGAAAAGCGGCACGGGAAAAGCGGCACGGGAAAAGCGGCACGGGAAAAGCGGCACGGGAAAAGCGGCACGGGAAAAGCGGCACGGGAAAAGCGGCACGGGAAAAGCGGCACGGGAAAAGCGGCACGGGAAAAGCGGCACGGGAAAAGCGGCACGGGAAAAGCGGCACGGGAAAAGCGGCACGGGAAAAGCGGCACGGGAAAAGCGGCACGGGAAAAGCGGCACGGGAAAAGCGGCACGGGAAAAGCGGCACGGGAAAAGCGGCACGGGAAAAGCGGCACGGGAAAAGCGGCACGGGAAAAGCGGCACGGGAAAAGCGGCACGGGAAAAGCGGCACGGGAAAAGCGGCACGGGAAAAGCGGCACGGGAAAAGCGGCACGGGAAAAGCGGCACGGGAAAAGCGGCACGGGAAAAGCGGCACGGGAAAAGCGGCACGGGAAAAGCGGCACGGGAAAAGCGGCACGGGAAAAGCGGCACGGGAAAAGCGGCACGGGAAAAGCGGCACGGGAAAAGCGGCACGGGAAAAGCGGCACGGGAAAAGCGGCACGGGAAAAGCGGCACGGGAAAAGCGGCACGGGAAAAGCGGCGGGAAAAGAAAGGCGUCUCACGAGCACGAGGCGGUGCAGCAGGCCGGGAUUGGCGGCAGCGAUGCGCAGAGCCAGGCACGCCCCAAACGACUCCGCCAGCACCGUCACCUCCCGCGCUGCCUGCCUGCCCCCUCCGCCCCCACUGCCCCCCCGCCCGUUGGCGUCCUCCUCAUUGGCUGCCUGCUGUAUGAGUGGCGCAACUCGGCGAACGAGCUGCCGCCACGUGGAGCGUCGUGUGGAGCGGUCGGUGGUGGGGAUGUAGAGGGCGCGCGUGUCAAAGCUGCACGGGGAGAAGGGGCUACGGGGGAGGGGGGGAGGGAGGGCGGGGGGAAAGGGGGAGGCGAUAAGGGUCUGCUCUAG